CAUUAGUUCUGAAGUAUUAUUACAAAUGCCUGGGCCGCUUCCUUAAACUAACGGCUGGGAGUAAUCCGCAUUCAUGAGCAGUGCGACAGAAGCCAAGGAUUGGCGUUUAGGCUCCUUGUUCGGCAGUUGGUUGCAUCUUAAAGGAGGAAGAAAGUCAAGAACAGAGCAGUGAGAUAAAGGAAAACAUGGCAUCCAGAACAGAAUACUACCUUGAAUCACUCAUAACUGAUGCUUUUAAGGGAAAGGGAUUUCAGAAAAUAAAUGAAUUGUUUGAAGAAAAAGAAAUUUACUCUCCUCAAAAAUACAGCAAACAAUUGUUUAACCAACUUGACAAAGUGCUGAAAAAGGAGUUGGACAAGAAUGAAUUCCAAAAUGUUUCCUUGUUGUUGAAAUGCAUUCAGAUGUACUUUAAAAGUGAUCCUCAAGAAGGGGCGAGCUUGCUUAUUCAGCAAGGGCUGAUACCGAAGAUGGUAUCUUGGUUUGAAAGAGCAAGAGAAUUUUUGAUCCUCAUAGAGCCAGCAAAGAAUAAAUCUCUGCUGAGACUUGUGGAAGAUUUCUUUGACUCUGCAUUGGUCAUUUGCAAAUGCAACAGUGAAGGAAAGAAACAGUUGCUGGAUUCAUUCUUACCUGACCUUGGACAGCUAGUGACUGAAACUAAUGUUGGCUGUGCACUUCGGCAGGAGGCUUUGAGGACUCUGAACUCUAUGCUGGACAGUGUACCACGGGAAGAGAGAAGAAAAUUUCCUAUGUCUGAAGAAAUGUGUUCGCUUACGAAAGAUCUUGCAAAAACAAUUCUGGAGGUUGGUGAUUAUGACCUUCAGGUUGCUCUUUCGGAAGCACUAUGUAGGCUGAUAACAAAAAAAUGGAGGGAUGACCUUGUUUACAACUGGUUUGAAGAUGAUUAUCUUGCUGAAGCUUUCAAAGAGAUAAAGGAUAGAGACUUUGAGACGGACUGCAGAAAAUUUCUCAAUCAACUAAAUGACAGACUUGGGGAUAAAAAAAGAGUUCAUUCAUUUCCCUGUAUAUCUGCUUUUGCUGACAUGGAGGAGGUGAAGAAGCCAUCAGAUGAGAAACUGGAGGAGUUUUGGAUUGACUUCAAUGUUGGAAGUCAGUGUGUGUCUUUCUACAUAGACAGCACUGAGGGUGCUCUUUGGGACUCAGUGAGACUGCCAACAGAAACUGUCAGUAGUUACAGUCUGAGAGAGGAUAAUGAAGAAAAGAUAGUUAAAAUUUACCUGAAGAACCCUACUAUGAUCAAUGGCAAAGAAGUAACAAAAAUCAAAAUUCUCUUCAAUGCCAAAUUUGAUAUUUUGAAUACACUCAAUGAAGUUCUGGGAGAAGACAAAAUGAUGAUCAAGACUGAUAGAGAGAAUCUCAUCAGCACUGAGGAACAAACAAAGCAAAAUGGAACAUUAAUAAAUUGUGAAUUCAGCUACUUACAGUGGAAGAAAGAUUCUACAAACAGUGAAAAAACAGAUUCUUUAUCAGACAUCCUGACUUCUCAAUAUAGUGAUCAAUCGCAUAAAACUAGUUCUGGUGUCACUACGAGCAUGGGAAGCCAACAGACUGAAACUGAAGAUGCUAAGCUAAGCCAAGAGUGUGAAGCUGCAGUUUCCCAAACUCUUUCAGCAAAAAAGUCUAAAACUCCAUCACCUAAACUGAAUGAUAAAACCAGUGAACCACCCAUAGAAGAACAGCCAGAUUUACAGGUUGUAGAAGAACAUUCCCCAGAGGCUGAUGAAUGGGAGAAGAAAAAUAGAAGAACAAGCUUGAGCAAACAAAUAAUGGAAGCAAAGAUGAAUUCCUAUGACUUUGAAAAUUCAUCUGACUCUCUGAAUUAUGAGAAGGUCACUGAAGCGAAACAAAAAAUUCUUGGCCAGAAGAUUUCAUUACAAAACCAGAGAAGUCACGAAAAUGGAAACAUGAAACGGGAAUCAACCAAACUAGAGAGAAGGCCGUCUGAUUAUAGGAAACAUCUUUUCUCCGAAAGUAAUCGUGACUCUCCAAGCAAUGGUCAGAGUGAAAAGAGCUGGAUCCUAGAUUCUCAGAAAAAAUCGUUACCAAAAACCUUAAAUUAUACCCGAAGAAGGCCAAGGGUCAGAAGUAAAUUAAAAGUGUUGCCAUUAUCGUCUGCAAGUAGUGGCAGUGAUUACCACACAAAGAAAGUUGGUGUUUCAAGACCAACAAUGCACAGGGAAGCGCUGAAGAAGGAAAUCAAAUCCAGUGCAAUGAGGCUUGAUUUCUCUGCAGUGGAACUCCCUGUUAAAGCACUUCUUUCAGAUGAUUUGGAAGCAGACGAUCUGACGCUACCAUUAAGUGCAUCUUCCCAUGAGUAUUCUGAUGCUGGAGAGAAGAAAAAAUAUGAGGAGGUAUCCAGUAAAUUACCAGGAGAAGAUAAAGUUUCCAAAUUUAAACGAAAAGGCUCAGAUCUAUCGCUUGGUGGUGUCAUAAAAAAGCCUAAACUUUCAAGAUGGCAAAUGGAUCAGUCAUUUCCUAGCAUUUCUUCUGAGCCAAAAAAACUUUUUGAUUCAAUAGAGAAGAAAAAGGAGAUUCAAACAGGUCGGGAAUCAGAUGAAUCAGAUGACACCUUUGUCUCCAAGAUACUGCAUGAGGAUGUCAGUGAUUCUGGUGUCAUUGCUGCCUUUGAAAACUUUACCAACCAACUAACAAAAACAUUCUGGUCCAGGUACAAAAGAAUGGAGAUUUGUGCAAAGAAUGCUUUGAAGACAUCUGAAAAAAGUGUGUCGGCUUUAUUAAAUCAAAUACAUCAAUGCAGACUGAAUAAAUUGGAGAACUUCCACAAGGUUGUUGUCCAAGAACUUGCCAAUCUUGAGAAGGAUGCUCAAAUUUUAUCCAUCCUUGAGAAGGACACAGUGGACUUUUGGAAUAAACAGUCCAUCAAACUGAGCUCUUUCUGUAAUCAUCAAAAGCAAAGGAUUCAGUCUAUGGAUUCAGUAUUGGAAGAAACUGUGAGGAGUUUUAAAGAUACAAUACAAAAUACAAAGUAUGAACAUCCACAGGAGAUGGUGGAAGAAAAUAGUAAGGUGUUCGUUGUUGCUUCUGAUUAACAAAACACUAUAUUGUAUUGUAAAACAGUUUUUGAAGACAUCACGCACCUUAUGUUGUUUCUAUAGAAGAACUCUGAGUCUUGUGGAGAAUAUGGAGGCUGUAUUUUCCUCAAUCUCUCCCCUCUCAAAAUAAUUACAAUACUAUUUUUGACUUUUUUAUUACUCAGGUGUGUCCUUCCAUUGUCCAUAAGGAGUGGUACCCUUGGGUUCCUUGCAGUGCUACCUUUAGGUCCAACUUAAAUUUGAGUUUCAAGGAUGAACAGAAAUCCAAAUAAACAUCAUGCUUUAUAUCACAAAUUGAUGUAAAAUGGAUUGCAUUAAACAUUUUGUUAAUACCUUUACAAAUAAACUCCUUUAGUCAUUA